GCUUAUAUAUUCUUUUUCAUCCUAUUUCCAUUUUCCAGCAAAAUCCCUUUUUGGGGCUUAUUUUGCUUUUGGGUUAAAUUUCUUAUGCUUCAUUCUUUUCAAGGUGAAUGUUAUUUUCUGUUUCCGAGCUACUCUCAAAGCUAGGGUUUAUCAACUUUUCGGGCUUUAUUCUUCUUCUGUAAGGAAAAUGGUGAGAGGGAAGGUACAAAUGAAGAGAAUUGAGAAUGCCACGAGCCGGCAAGUGACUUUUUCGAAACGUAGAAAUGGAAUUAUGAAGAAAGCUUAUGAGCUAUCAGUUCUUUGUGAUGCUGAAGUUGCUGUCAUCAUUUUCUCACAAAAAGGAAGACUCUACGAAUUUUCAAGCUCCAGCAUGCAGAAGGCCAUUGGAAGAUAUCGUCAAUAUACAAAAGAAACGCUGAUAAACAAUAACUCUAGCUUAGAAGUGGAGCACCACAUGGAGCACUUGAAGGAAGAAACAGCAAACAUAGCAAAGAAGAUCGAGAUCCUUGAAGUUUCUAAGAGGAAGCUUAUGGGUCAAGGUAUUGGAUCAUGUUCAAUGAAUGAACUUCAAGAGAUUGACAGCCAGCUGGAAAGAAGCCUGAAGAACAUCAGGGCAAGAAAGACUCAAUUAUUCAAGGACAAAAUUCAACGGUUAAAAGCCAAGGAAAAACAAUUGCUUGAAGAAAAUGAAAGAUUAUCUGAAGAGUGUGGGCUAAGGCGGCAACCAGAAGCACCACCACCUCCCCUAACACGAAUAUCCCAACAGAAAGAAACGGCAAGCUGUAGCCAUAGCGUCCAGAAUUCAGAGGUGGAGACUGAUUUGUUUAUUGGUCUUCCUGACAUUUGUUGGUCGUAGCUGCUGGAAUAAUUUUCUCAAAUUCGAUACAAGCAUUAAAAGCAUGCAAAUGCAAAAAAUAAGGUAUAUACGAGUGCAAGAUUUUAUUUGUCUUUUACCCCUUUGCAGCUUCUUGCUAAAUGUAUCUAUAUUUCCAUGAAUAAUGGUUGUAAAGAAGCCUGAUUUAAUUGCAUA